AUGGCCGACCGAGGAGGAUCUCCUGGAGGCUCCAAGGAACCUGUCACCUCCUCGACGACGCCCAAUGUGCUCCGCAUCAAGCGAGACCUCGCGGACUUCAACGCCGACCCUCCGCCGGGAAUAUUCAUGGCGGCCCACGAAGACAACAUCACGAGCAUCGACGCCAUUGCGAUGGGUGCAGCAAACACACCUUACGAAGGUGGAUUCUUCCACUUCUCCCUCCAGUGUAGCAGUGAGUACCCUCUCAAGCCGCCCCAGGCUCGCUUCAUGACCACCGAUGCCGGUCGUAUGUGGUUCAACGCACACCUGUACCGCGAUGGUUCAAUCUGUCUGAGCACACUUAACACCUUCGGACAGACCUGGACUCCAGCCAUGUCCCUGAGUUCGCUGCUCCUUUCGAUCCAGUCCCUGCUGUGCGAGCUCCCGAAGUUCGCGGAUAAAGAGAGCUCGAAGCAGUUUGAAGAGGUAAUACGGCACGAGACAAUAAGAGUAGCCGUGUGCGACACCGUGGAAGCCUGUUUUGGGGAGAAGCCUCCCUUCCCGCCAGCACUCAGGGACAAAGUUCUCGAGAAAUUCAUGGAGCUGUACCCGAUGUACGAAAGCGAGGUGCAAGCAAAGCUGCACCUAUCUGGGACACAAAUUGCGGAAAAUAUGCUGGGGAAUAAGGUCACGUGUCAGUACGAAGCGCUGCUCGCAAGACUGCAAGAUCUCAAGAAGAAGAUCGAGAAGAAGAACGAAGCGGCUGUUCCAAAUGCUGACCAGUGA